UCUUUCUUCACAAGAAAGAAUCUUCAGGCCCUAUAUAAAGAGAUGGCAGAGAAUCCUUCAAAAGGCUGUUUGAUUUUUGACAACUGGCUGGAGAAAGACAAGAAGAGAAACAGUAGAUGGAGAGCAAUGGCUCCCCGGAUAAGACUGAAUAUAGCAAAGCCUCUCCCAACAAUAAGUGAAGCCCGAGAAGAUAUUCUAGAAGACACAUUGAGAAACACGAAAACCUUUGAAAAAGUAAAUGUGAACCCAGAGUCUUCUGGUGAAGACUAUCUUCAGUCUAUCUGCCAGCUGGCAAAACCCACAUUUCCAGUAUUACCAGAAAGUCAGCAAAAAAUCCAGGACAUAGAUAAAGCAGAAAUGUUGCACAAGAGUCAUAGAGUCUCAGAAACACCAAAACCCGUCACCAAAUAUAAAGUAACCAACACUUUUCUCAGUGUGCUAUCAUUGGAAAGGAAUAUUCUUCAUCAUGUCAAAUCCUACUCUCGUUCUAGGGAAGAUCCACUGGAAGAGCUAUAUACAGAUACUCAGAAGACCCGUUACUGGAGAUGUCCUAACAGCAAUGAGGACAUUGUUUCUGAUUCUUCACAGCACAGUUGUCAUGCAACAAGCCUAUACAAAUCUCAAGAAAAAAAUACUGGUAAAAAAGAUACAGUCAGUUUCCCCCGGCUUCCUUCCCCAAGACCGUCGCAGAGGGGCAACAGUUGCCCCGAGCUGAAGCGUGUACAAACCCAAGGGAAGAUGCCAAUUCUGGAACAUGUCUCCUAUCAAAAAGAAAAUGAUCCUCUUGUUAUUAAUGGGAAACCAAUCUGGCUGUGCCCAUCUCAAGAAAAUCAAAUGGAUGCCAAUAUUUUGAGAUGUUCACAAAGAGAACAUCAGGCUCUGAAUACAGGGGCAGGCCCUGAAAAAGAGCAACUGAAGUCUUUCAUUCAUAACCAAACUAUAAAGAAAGAAGCAAGUAGUAGAAAAGGAUCCACAGGGUUCUUCCACAAUAGUCAGAAAGCCGUAACCUGUCGCUGGAUUUCAGAAUACCAGUGUGCUUGGAAGGAAGCAAAGGUCAGAGCAUGCUUGCUCCCUGCUAUUUUAGAAUCAUGAAUUGCUACUUUACUUGAUGAAAAUAUUGACAUCUCUUUUUGUCUUUUGUGGAGUGCAUACUAUGAUUUUUGAAAAAAGAAAUACACAAUGAUGAUUUACAGAUAAAUGUAAAUUGCAAUCUCAGUUGUCUGAUCUCUAUAGAAUAUUGAAAACAGCAAGAAUCAAGUGUGAACAAACAGGAGUGAUAUGUGGAGCAUAUAUUGAAGGUUCUGGUGCAAAUUUGCAAUUAUUGUACGUUUUGUAACUUUCACCUCCAAGGGGCUAGAACUCAGCUUCACAGUUUAAUGGGGGGAAAUCUGUGGCAGCACUAAUUAAAAUUCUGCAUGUGCCUGUCCUGAAAAAGCAUCAAGGAAGAGUGGACACUCAGGGGUUUUCCCCAGUCUCUCAAGGAUGCCAAAUAUAUUGCUGUAUUUAACAAUGUAAAAACAAAGCAGGGAGCCUGGAAGCACAGGACUCAGUCAUUGGCUUUAUUGAACUCCCCCUCCCCAGCCCCACAAUGGAGAUUCAUGCAUUCAUCCAUGCCAUCAGCUUACCCAGGAUGCCUCCAUUUUCAUGUUUACUUGAUGAAAAUACUUUACUUGAUGAAAAUAUUGACAACCUAUCAUUUUGCGGACAUAAGACCUUCCCAACACUUUUCGUGUCCUUAGGGGAAGUAAAGCCCAUCCUUGCUUGCCAAACAGCUUGUAGCCCUGACAGAUUCUUGUUCUCUCAUAUAUAAUCUCUGUUACAUUAUAUAAUCAAAUGUUUUCCAUUUCUUUUACAAGAAUAAAAAUGAAGGCUUUGGAGGUGAGCAGAGGCUAAACUGAGCCACUCAGAAACAGCAUAUUUCUUUCAUUGUCCUGAAACAGAAGAAGCCCUUUCCACAAGUUAAAGUAAAUCCUGCAUGUAUGUGUGUACACUUGCUUAAAAAGAGCCAACGUGUUCUCUUUAUGAAACCUGGGACCAGAUAAAUGUGGCAUUUAAAUUACAUGCUCAGCAGUAUAUAUAUUGAAUAUAACAUGAGAAUUACUCAA